AUGGAUGCUAAACCAAAAUGCGGAACCUGCAGAAGGGGUAUCUUGUUUCCCACAAGUACAACUGUAUAUCGUUGCCGUAAGUGCCAGACGAUUAUUUGUUCACGUCCAAAUGAGCAAGCAAAGAUUAACUGCUCAGGCUGUGGGGGAGAAUUUAUAGUUCCCAUAAAGACUACUGCAUACCGAUGCUCCAUCUGCCAAGCUGUUACUACGACUUCAGGGCACGGGCAAUGGAGCUCUGAUAGUCCAAUUCCCGGCCAAAAGCUAAAACUUGGUUCUAUAUUGUUCAAACAUAAUCGGCCUGACAAGAGUCAUCAGUUGUCAUCAUCUUCAACAGGGUCCUCCACCUUGUCUAGCAGAUGUAACAAGCGAGCAGUGCUCUGCGGAGUUACCUACAAGAAAAGGAGAUACAAGCUCAAGGGAACCAUUAAUGAUGUUAUGAACAUGAGAGAGAUGCUGGUUAAAAUAUUUGAUUUCCCUAAAGAGAGCAUACGUAUCCUCACAGAAGAAGAGAAAGAUCAACGUUUAGUUCCAACGAAGAAGAACAUAUUAGAGUCCUUAAAGUGGCUUGUGGAGGGCUGCCGACCAGGAGACUCACUGGUCUUUUACUUCUCAGGACAUGGGUUACAACAGCCUGAUUUGAAGGAAGAUGAGCUUGAUGGGUUCGAUGAAACUCUUUGUCCAGUUGAUUUUGUCCGAGAAGGCAUGAUCAUUGACAAUGAAUUGAACUCUAUCCUUGUUUGGCCCCUAAAGAAUGGCGUCACACUUCAUGCUAUUGUUGACGCUUGUCAUAGUGGCACAAUACUUGAUCUUGCCUAUGUCUAUAAACUAGAGAACCAUGAGUGGGAGGACAACAAACCACCUGCAAAAGUGCCUAUGAGAAAACAUACAAGUGGUGGUCUAGCCAUUUCUUUCAGCGCUUGUGAAGAUAAUCAGAUUGCUGUUGAUACAACGGCUUUUAGAAAGGGAAUGCAUGGUGUUAUGACAUAUCUUUUUAUAAAAGCAAUCAAAGAAAACCCAGAUAUAACAUAUGGAGGGAUCCUAGAGAAGGUCCAAGAGGGAAUUGCAGUGGUUAAUCAAAAGAGCUGUAAUCCCAGAAUAUUUCGUCGUCGUCGUCACCGGCAUUAUAUUUCUCAGGAUGCUAUUCUAUCAUCAUCUGAAAAAUUUGAUGUUUUUAAGAGGACAUUCGCAUUAUGAGCUGUGCAGGGGUUUGCAAACAUGGAGUUCUGA